UUUAGGUUUAGAAACGCUCACAGACACAUGGAUUACAGCACCAGAAACAUUCGUGCUCGCAAAAGCACCGGAGAAGCUGACACGUAAAAUAUUGUUUGGGUGCAGUGUUGGUUGGACUGUAAGACGACGUUACACAAUCAUUUAUUCUGAAUUGUUCAUAGUAAAGCAGGUCGCCUCUUGGAAGUGCUCUCUCUUCUUAUUUUGUCUUUUUUUUUUUUUGCGAACUGAAAGCAGGUCUAUGCGAGGGCAUAGACGCGCACGGAUGCGAUAGAUGGGCGGACUGGGUGUGAACUCAGGAGCGAACUUCUUCCUCAGCAUGCUGAAUGGGACCGACACACCAAGUUUUGGGAAGGAAAUAGAAAACGGCCAGUUCCAGAGCAAGGAUUUUGCAGAGGUCAAAAUGGGCAUCCCGGACCCGAGGUUCUACUGUCAGGAUCCAGGGCAGGACUCUUGCGGCUUGCAGUUGCCGUACCCGACUCAGAGUGUCGCCGCUGGCUACGGCGGUCAAAGCGGCAGAUUCUUUGCUCCUACCCCUCUCAACACCUGUAACUUCGGCGCCGUCAGGACCCCUCCCGGGGGAGGUGGUGGCGGACAAGGAUUCCCAGGCACUGGCAGCGAGGUCUUCGGUGCACCCCCUGACAUUUUCCCCAUGCCCGGGGAUGGGCGUUCAUUUCAGCACGGGUACCCGCGAGCGCCAAUGUGCCAGAUACCCGGUCUUCAAGUUUCUGGGAAAACGCACGCCAUACUGAAUAACUACCAGCUUUGGGCCAAAUUUCACAAGUACCAGACCGAGAUGAUUAUUACCAAACAGGGACGGAGGAUGUUCCCCUUUCUGAGCUUUAACAUCUCAGGCCUGGAUCCUUCAGCUCACUACAAUGUGUAUGUGGAUGUGGUUCUGGCUGACCAGCACCACUGGAGGUAUCAAGGUGGGAAAUGGGUCCAGUGUGGCAAGGCAGAAGGAAACAUGCCAGGUAACCGGACAUACAUGCACCCUGACUCCCCUAACACAGGGGCACACUGGAUGAGACAAGAGAUUUCCUUUGGGAAGCUGAAAUUGACUAACAACAAGGGUGCCAACAACAACGUGGCACAGAUGAUCGUACUCCAGUCUCUCCACAAGUAUCAGCCACGUCUGCACAUUGUUGAAGUCAAGGAAGACGGCUCUGAUGAGGGCUACUUGAGUCCUAAAGCGCAGAAUUUUAUUUUCCCAGAAACUCAAUUCAUAGCUGUCACUGCUUACCAGAAUGCAGAUAUUACACAGCUGAAAAUUGACCACAAUCCUUUUGCAAAGGGAUUCAGAGAUAAUUUUGAUACGAUGUAUGCACCUGCUGAAAAUGACCGGAUGACUCCCUCUCCCACAAAUGCUUCAGGAUGUCAGCAGCUGAUUCCAGGAGGCCGUUACCCUCAGCCAUAUCUACCGGAGCAGUACAUAAAUACACACGCGCAGAGCCGUUAUUACAACCGAGAUCAGACUGGAGCUGCACACUUAAACCAGUCCAAAGAGCCAGGCAGCAAUGCACAUAGCCACUGGUACUUCUCUCCUACACAGCCUCCUGCCCCCAGAAGCCGUAUGGACUUCAACACAUUUGAGAGCGAGUAUUCAGGCAAUGCUUUUGUGUCAUACAAGCCGUUCCCAAUCCAGACCUCAGCUCACCAUCCUCUACCGUAUUACCCAGACCAUCCUUUUGGGUCAGUGGCACCAGGUGGUUGGGGGCCAAGCAGAGGGGGCCCUCAGUAUCACCAUCACGCCAAAGGCAGGUCAAGCUUGGGCUGGAAGUGGUCUGUUACAGCAGAUCCCAGACUGCAUCCUCAAAUUCCAGAGCAGAACUUGCAUAUACUGCCUCAGGACAAAAGCAAGGAAGGUAUUUCUGGGGGCGAUGAUCCCUGGUUGGAGCCCCCGUCUGUGAAGUCAGUGGACUCAGUGGAUUCAGGGCUAUUCGAGGGAGGAGAGAGCAAAAAGAGGCGCGUGUCUCCUUACGCCUCCAGCACCGAGAGCUCUCCACCCAAUCGCAGUGGCGACAAUUGUGAGAAGGACAGUGGGAGUGAUGCUGGCUAUUAUGGGUUUUAUGGGAACUAAGGAGCCAGUGAGUAUUCAGACCUCAUCAACAGGCACCUGUGAUGGGCAGACCCUUUGUUUUACUCUAUACUGUCACUUCUAGCUUUGAGUGUGUGUAAGAAAUUAAAAAUUAAACAAAGUACAUUAACUUCAGAGAUAUGCCACGGGCUUCAAAAUGCUCCUCCAAAUUCUCAAACAUCACUAAUAUUUUAAGUAACAGACACACACUGAGUGUGAAGUUAACUUCUGAGAUAAAGAAAAAGUCAAGACUGUGUCUUCUUAUUGAAGUAAUUUCUGAGCAAACAUGACAAACAAAACUCCAUCCUAAAAUCUGACAGCGAGUGCUUUCUCCAAGAUCAUUUUGAAAUCUAAUUUUAAGAGUUCUAACAACAGAUUUUGGUCUGAUGAAGUUUUACUAAAGUACUUUCUAGUGCAUAAUAGUCUUAACGGCAUUGUCCAUUCAUCUACCAGUUUAUUCAUUCCACUCGUCCAUGUGAGGAUUGUGGUGUCAAAGAGCAGAACAGACCAGGCUUGUCUUUUUCGUGUAAAAGAUUCUAGCUUUUCCAAGUCGGUUGAGUGCUAAUCCCCCAAUUGGCACCGCUACUCAGUCCACCACCUUUUAUUGUGCAAGUGCUAGGGGCUCUGUGUUCUCAUUUCAGGCUGAGCUUGGCCAUGGUUCAUGAGUGACCGAUGACACCACCACUUCAGGGCGGGACUCCAGGUUUGGGUUCUACGGCCCUGAUUUCACUCAGGGUUUUUU